GACAAAUGACAGAUUCUUAAAAAAAAUCCGAUUGUUUCGAGAAUUUCUCUCGAGUCGCACUCGGUUUGUUUAUAAACCGUAAAGUAUUUUAAUUUAUUUAUUCUGUUUACCUGAAGUUCUAACGUGUUUAAAGAGAAAAUACAAAACACAAUAACAAUACACAGUAAAAUACAAUGGCAGAUCAACAAGGUACCGCGUCUGGCAUCGGGGAGAGCGAUACUCCGAAGGAGGGUGAUGGCCUGAAGGAGGUUGAUGGGUGUGCGAGCCAUCAGGCAGGGUCUACGAAAACUGCGCCACCUGAAGAAGAUACACAGGAAAUCAUUAUAGUUAACGAGCAUACCAAAGAGCUCGAUUUGAACCACGGCCGGAUCGGGAAGAUCGAGAAACUUGAGCCUCUAAAACACCUAGAGAGAUUGUACCUGCGAUGGAACCUGAUCAAGAAGAUCGAGGGUCUAAACACGCUGUCCACGCUCGUCGAACUCGAACUGUACGACAAUCAGAUCGUCGUCAUCGAGAACUUGGAUAACCUUGUAAAUCUAGAGAUACUAGACCUAUCAUUCAACAGAAUCAAAGAAAUCAAAGGCUUAGAGAAUCUCCUCAACUUGAAAAAGCUGUUCUUGAGCUCGAACAAGAUUACAGAGAUCCAAAAUGUGAAACAUUUGCCCAAGCUGGAGCUGCUUGAACUGGGAGACAACCGAAUUAGAGAAAUAAAAAACCUAGAAGGCAUGAAGACCCUAACACAACUAUACCUAGGCAAAAACAAAAUAUCUAAGAUACAGAACCUCGAAGAUCUAACUGAACUCGAAAUCCUGGUGCUACAAAGCAAUCGUAUCACAAAAAUUGAAAACCUGGAGCCAUUAACGAAGUUGGAACAGCUGUAUAUAUCUGAAAACGGGAUUACUGUUAUAGAGAACUUGGGUAACCAGACCAAACUCCAGACUCUGGACUUGGCGGUCAACAGGAUCACAGUUAUAGACAAUGUCAGACAUCUUGUUGAAUUGGAGGAGCUAUGGCUAAACGACAACCAGAUAACCGAAUGGUCAUCGGUAGAAUAUCUUCAGCAGAACAAGAAGAUAGCCACGAUAUACCUGGAGCGUAACCCCCUCGCGUCGGACCCCGCCUACAGACGGAAACUCAAGCUAACCCUCCCGUCGCUGCAGCAAAUCGAUGCCACUUUGUGUAGAUAAGAAUUUUGUUUUACUAUUUUGUAGUUCGUACUUGUCGUGAUGUGGAAUGAUGUCAUUCAAGUUUCCUCUACUUUUAAACAAUUACUUUCCCAAUUUUUGGCUCGUUGUUAAACACUAAGGAUAAUCAAAUUAUCAUCUUUAAAUUUAAAUAUUCAUAAAACAUAUGAUGACAAAAUUUUCUUGUCCCUAUUUUUUUGUUUUACUCGGGUUUUAACUUAUUACAUUUUUACGUUUAAAUAAUAUUAAAAAUAAUACCAGCCCAUAACUAUCCCACUGCAGGGUCUCUUCUCAUACAAAGAAGCAACGAACAUAUCAAGGUAAUAAUGGAAUCCAUUCUUAUAGUCCAAGAGCUAGCAACAUCUUUUGAGUUCUUUAUUUGAGGAAAUAUCUCUAAUGUCUAAAAAAAUA